UAAAUAUAUCAUCCAAGAUCUUGCUUUGUUCAUUUUUGUUUUAGGAAAAGGAGAAACCUGCUUGUUGUAGUUAUGCUAAGAAGUUGCAAUCUUCUCUUUGCUCUUGCAGUUUUCCUACUGCUUCAUCACCAUACUUCACUGGCUAAGUUUCCCAAUAUCAGCACUGAUGAAGCAGCUCUUCUUGCCUUGAAAUCUCACAUUUCUGCUGAUCCUAACAACAUCUUAGCAACUAACUGGUCUUCUUUUAGCCCAGUUUGCAGCUGGAUUGGAAUCACUUGCAGCUCUCGCCACCAUAGAAUCGCAGCUUUGGACAUUUCUAGCAUGCAACUUCAUGGUACCAUUCCGCCACACCUUGGAAACCUCUCAUUUCUCACUUCCCUCAUCAUCAGCAACAACACUUUCCAUGGGGAGUUUCCAGAAGAAUUGGCUCAUUUGCAGAGGUUGAAAAUGUUUCGUUGCUCAAAAAAUAACUUCACUGGUGCUAUUCCAUCAUUUUUAAGUUUGUUACCAAACCUUCGCUUUGUUUACCUAUUCGGAAACCAGUUUUUCGGAGGAAUCCCAUCUUCCCUUUCCAAUCUAACACAGCUGAAAGAGUUGAGUAUGUCUGGAAAUUAUCUCAAAGGAGAGAUCCCUCGAGAACUUGGUGAUCUUCGUUAUAUGACUAUCCUAGAUCUGCAAGAUAACCAACUUAGAGGCCCUAUACCACCAUCAAUCUUUAACAUUACAACAAUGCAAAUCAUUGCUCUUUCCAGCAACAAUCUUACUGGUAAGUUUCCAACAACUAUAUGUGACCAUCUUCCAAACUUGGAAGGGCUUUACCUCUCAGACAAUAUCCUAGAUGGCAUUAUUCCAGCAAACCUAAAGAAAUGCAUAAAGCUUCAAAUCUUGUCAUUGUCUAAUAAUGAGUUCACUGGAACUGUACCGAAAGAGUUAGGCAACAUAUCAGCUCUUACAGGAUUAGCUCUUGGAGGACAGCACUUGGAAGGAGAGAUCCCUCAAGAACUUGGUGGUCUUCGUUACCUGACUUCGUUAUACCUGCAAGAGAACCUGCUUACUGGCUCAAUACCACCAUCAAUCUUUAACAUUACGACAAUGCAAAAGAUUAUUCUUAGAAGCAACAAUCUUACUGGUAAACUUCCAACAACUAUAUGCGACCAUCUUCCAGACUUGGAAGUGCUUGCCAUCUCAAACAACCACCUAGAUGGCGUUAUUCCACCAAACUUAGAAAAAUGCAGAAAGCUUGAUAUCUUGAUGUUGUCUAAAAAUAAGUUCAUUGGAACUGUACCAAUAGAGUUAGCCAACUUGACAGCUCUUACAGAAUUAUAUCUUGGAGUACAGCAAUUGGGAGGAGAGAUACCUGUGGAGCUAGGUAAUCUUAAGAAACUACGAACACUGUCAUUAUACCAGAAUGAGUUUACUGGUUCUAUCCCUGCAAGCAUUUUCAACAUGUCAGCACUGCAGAACCUAGCACUUGAACAAAACAGGCUUUCAGGUACUCUACCAUCAGAUUUAGGCCGUGGAAUGUCCAGCAUAGAAAAGUUUAAUUGUGCAUAUAAUCAUAUGAGUGGUUUUAUCCCUGCUUCUAUCUCAAAUUCUUCAAGACUUAGAGGUCUUGAUCUCGGAAUCAAUAGUUUCACAGGCCCAAUUCCUGAGUCACUUGGUAACUUAGAAUACCUUGAGAUGCUAAACUUGCAAUGGAAUGAUUUUUCCAGUGAUUCGGCAAUGAGCUUCCUGACAUCUUUAACAAACUGUAGGAAAUUAAGGGUUCUCAGUUUUGCUGAGAAUCCGUUAGAUGGUGUUUUUCCUGCAUCAGUUGGAAAUUUUUCUGCUAUGCAAAUUUUUGAAGGACAGGGUUGUAAACUGAAGGGCAUCAUUCCUGAAGAAAUUGGUAAUCUUACUGGAAUGACAAGGAUGAGUCUGCAAAACAAUGAGUUGGCUGGACAUAUUCCAAAAUCUGUCCAAGACAUGUUGAAACUUCAAGAACUUUACCUAUAUGGAAAUAAGAUAGACGGAACCAUACCAAAUGUUAUCUGCAAUUUAAAGAGUCUUGGUGCAUUAGACUUGUCAGAAAAUCAUUUUUCUGGUUCAGUGCCAGCAUGCCUAGGGACCGUUACCAGUUUGAGGAAUCUUUAUUUAGCUUACAACAGCCUGAAUUCAGGAUUACCUACAAGCUUGGGGAACCUUAAAGAUUUGAUAGAGUUCAAUGUUUCAUCCAAUCUAUUAAGUGGAAAAAUUCCUCUAGAGAUUGGAAAUUUAAAGGCUGCAACACUCAUUGAUCUAUCAAAAAAUAAUUUUUCUGGUAAGAUUUCUAACACUUUAGGGGGUCUUGAUAAAUUGAUUAAACUUUCUCUAGCACAUAAUAUAUUAAAUGGGCCUAUUCCGAAUUCAUUUGGCAAAAUGUUGGCCUUGGAAUUCUUGGAUUUGUCUUUUAACAAUCUUAGUGGUGAAAUUCCAAAGUCACUAGAAGCUCUUAUAAAUCUCAAAUAUCUGAACAUCUCAUUCAAUAAACUCAGUGGAGAGAUUCCCACUGGAGGUCCUUUUGCAAAUACCACAGGUCAAUCUUUCUUGUCCAAUGAUGCUCUUUGUGGCGAUUCUAAGUUUCAGGUGUCACCAUGUGUCGUCAAAUCUACUAAGAGGUCAAAGAGGAAAAAGGCAAUCUUGGCUUUGUAUGUCCUUUUGGGAGUGGGCCUGCUAUUUCUUGCAUUAGCCCUUGCAUAUAUAUUUUUAAGAUUGCGAAAGAAAAAAAAGAAUGCAGGUCAAGCAGAUGUGUCUCUGGUAAAAUGGCAUGAAAGAAUUUCCUAUUAUGAACUUGAACAAGCAACAGAAGGAUUCAGUGAAAGCAACUUGCUUGGUAGUGGGAGUUUCAGCAUGGUCUAUAAAGGGAUACUUAAGGAUGGUACUCUCUUGGCAGCAAAGGUAUUCAAUGUUCAACUGGAGGGUGCAUUCAAAAGUUUCGAUACAGAAUGUGAGAUCCUAAGAAACCUCCGCCAUCGAAAUCUUACUAAAGUCAUCACUAGUUGCUCCAACCUUGAUUUCAGAGCAUUAGUAUUGGAAUACAUGUUGAAUGGGACACUUGAAAAAUGGCUAUACUCUCAUAACCUUUUCUUAGACAUGUUGCAAAGAUUAGAUAUAAUGAUAGAUGUUGCAUCUGCAAUGGACUAUCUCCACAGUGGCUAUUCAACACCAGUGGUGCAUUGUGACUUGAAGCCAAGCAAUGUCUUGCUAGAUCAAGAUAUGGUUGGCCAUGUCAGUGAUUUUGGCAUUGCAAAAUUGUUAGGUGCAGGAGACGCUUUUGUUCAAACUAGGACAAUUGCAUCCAUUGGAUACAUUGCUCCAGAGUAUGGGCAAGAUGGAAUAGUAUCCUUGAGCUGCGAUGUUUAUAGUUUUGGCAUCCUGAUGAUGGAGACGUUUACAAGAAUGCGACCAAGUGAUGAAAGAUUUACUGGGGACCUGAGCAUACGACAUUGGGUUAGUGAUUCUUUUCCAAGUGGAAUUCAUAAGGUGGUGGAUGCUAAUUUAGUGCAGCCAGGGGAUGAAAAAACCAACACAAAGAUGCAGUGUGUGUUAUCUAUCAUGAAAUUAGCUUUGAGCUGCACUGUAGUAACACCUGAUGCAAGAAUUAAUAUGGAAGAUGCUCUUUCAACACUUAAAAAGAUCAGGCUCCAGUUUGUCAGCAGUCGCCACUAGGUGAAAUUAGGUCAUCGGCUCAAGAUUGAUGCUUGAUAAGUAUUGUACUUCAGCUUGUAUAUGUUCUCUCUUUUGCAUUCAGAACAUCUCAAAUUUCUUUCUUUCCAAAUGACCCACCAUAUGACAGCUAGAAUGGAGCUUCACAUUUUCUUCC